AAGAGACAAAACAUUUGUUUUCGUACUCUUCUUUAUAUACGAUAAUAAUGGCGAGCCCACAAUCCAUCGGGACGAAUCGUGAUCGGUCGUGCUUGACGUCAUGAGUCUGACGUAUGCAAAUGCUUUAGCUUAAAAAUAUGGCGGCAAAGAAUAGACGUGUGAAAGUUAUAAGAGAAAAACUUGAGGCCCUUUGUUGUCCAUAUGUUGAAAAUGUUGAUGAAUCUUGGAUGUCCGAGUUGCUUUUUAAACCGGGAGAACCGAGGCUACGUCUAAUUCAGUGGCUUCUUUCCAAGUUUGAUCCUCAGCUUGAAGAACUUUUAGACAGUCAUCAUGCGGUUUUGAGCAACUUAUCGGAUUCCAGAGUUUCAAGUUUUUUGUUUCAAAUUGUUCUAGAGUUGUUAUUCUGUGCAAAUUUAUUGGCUCUUUGUCGUGAUGAUGACGUUGACCUUAUAACUGGAAAAUCCUCAAAAUCCAAGCAACUGGCUUUAUAUGAACAUUUAAUUGAUCUCUUGUUCAUUGUGGAAGACCUUUCUCAUCCAUCUGUAAAUGCUCGUCUUAAAUCAGAAGGCAGCUACAGCCAACCAGUAAAGAUAUUGGAAAUCGUUGCAUCAGACGCAUGCGCGUAUCUGGAUGCUGUGUGUCAAACUGAGACACUUGAUGAAAUAUUUAAGUCCAAGAUUCACUUGUUCCCGCCUGAUAUCGAGAAGAAACUGGUUUCUAUGACUGCUGACGAGACUGACAGGUUAUUUCAUACACCAGAAAUCAAUGAGCUUACUGCCCAGGCAAAUGUCAUUGAAGGAGAGUUGAAUAAACAAAGUGAGAUUCUUAAUGAUCUUCAAACUAAGUGCGUUAUUGGUGAUGAUGCAGAAAGUUUGAGCAAUGUCAGCAGAACGCUAUCUCUUACGAUGUCCACACUGUCUCAAACACUUGAAACGUUUUAUCAUUGUUAUGAAACUGAGAUAAAACAAUGGUCGAUAAGAGAGAAACCACACUUAUCUGAACUUGGUAUCGUUUUUAAACGAAUAUUCAUACUGCUUGAUAAACUUCUUCAGAUAUUAUCCAAGUUGGAGUUAACGAAGAUGAGCUAUCUGAAAAUAAAUGGUUUAGAAACAUUCGACGGGGAAAGGAACACAGAUCAUUCAUUACCAUAUGGGCAAGUCGCGUUGAACAAACUAAAUGAUUUCAUCAACACACUGGAGCAAUCGUUAAAAAGGAAAACUGAAGUUGAAUAUGACGAUUCUGAUUCACUCUAAUACUUUUCUAUGGCGUCUUACUCUCACAUUGUGCCAAGGUAGGACAAUAAUUUUCUAUACAUUCAGGAGUGGUAUAAUUGCAUAAUUCUCUUUUAA